AUGUGGGUUAGUAGUAGGUGGGUUCCUACUAUUGAUCUAGCUCGACAAUGGGAGCACUUUUUUGAUUCAGUUACAUUUGGUCCACACUCCGGAUGCUUCAAUGUCACUCACUACUCAACACUCCUUCACAACACCACCUCUCCAACACAUGAGGUACUAAAGGCUUAUUCUACACAGAUAGAUUGCGCAUCAUCUACAAUAGACUUUGCAUUAAUGAUGCCUAUUUAA